GCGGCAGGCAUAGAGCAGCCAGCAUUUGGCAGAUACAAAAGCCCAGCAACGAGAAGUCCAAGGCUCGGUCCCCUGCCGUCGGCCUGGCGGUUGUUCUCGCCACCGCCUCCCGUGACCCGCCACCACGCUGCCGGCCGCCGGACUCGCCGCUCCCAGGACCCAGCCGCCCGGUCCGGAUUGCGCCCUGCGGUCCUCCCUCGGCCCUCAGCGCACCCGACGUUCGGCGCUGCGGCCGUGUCCGUGAGCAUCGCUUCCGUGCCUUCCGUCCGUAAGAAUUUGAAGUACAACUUGCUGCUUCUUUAUUUUGUGCUCCUGAAUGCUUGGACUUGGUGUGACUACACAGACUAGCAUUCAUUACAAAAAUGAUGGACAGAAGAUUGACAGGGCAUUUAUAUUUGAUUCCGAGAGCUCUUUCUUUGAUACAAUUGAACGCUAUGUCGUCAUUCUCAGCUGGCCAUGGACGCCGACCCAAGAAGAAGCUAUAUCACCGUGAACCUAGCCUUGACAAGGCGAUGGAUCUCCAAAAGAAGCCUGCACUCCUUCUCCGUCUUCGUGAACUCAUUUUGGCACAAAAGACAGGUACACUACUUGUGCGUGACCUUGAAAAGGAGGUUGGCUUUGUCCAAAAAUGGAACUUCCUUUCACUUAUCGAGCGCCACCCCAAUAUCUUUUAUGUCUCUGGUGGAAAUGCUUCCCGACAACCCAUUGCUGUCACACUUACUGAGAAGGCCAGAAAGAUAUCCAGUGAAGAGGCCCAAGCACAAGAACUAAAGGAGCCAAUCUUGGUGACGAACCUAAGGAAGCUACUGAUGAUGUCGAUGGACUGCCAGAUCCCUCUGGAGAAGAUUGAGCUAAUCCAAUCUGAAUUGGGCUUACCUAAGAACUUCAAGAAUUACUUGAUUCCAAGGUACCCUGAGUUUUUUUCAAUCCGUGAUGUGAAAGGAUUGGAUCAUUUGUGUCUGGAGAGUUGGGACUCUUCACUAGCAGUCACAGCUCGAGAAGAAAAAAUGAAUUUUGAGGGUUUCCAAACAGGCUGCAGAGGGGUUCCUAAAGAUGGAAAUUUCUUGGGUCCUUUUGCUUUCAAGUUAAAGUACCCAGCGGGAUUUAGGCCAAACCGGAAGUACCUUGAGGAGGUGGUCAGGUGGCAGAAGAUGGCAUUUCCUUCACCUUAUUUGAAUGCUAGGCAAGUCGAGCCUGCAACACCACAGGCCCGAAAGCGAGCUGUGGCUGUUCUGCAUGAGAUUUUGAGCUUGACAAUGGAGAAGCGACUGACAUCUGAUAAGCUAGAUGUAUUCCACAAUGAGUACAGGCUUCCAUGCAAGCUACUUCUUUGUUUAGUAAAAAAUCAUGGCAUCUUCUACAUCACUAACAAGGGAGCAAGAAGUACCAUCUUUCUCAAGGAGGCCUAUGACAACAGUAACCUCAUUGACAAGUGUCCUUUGUUGAAAUUCCAUGAUCGGUUUGCAUCUUUAAUUGGCCGACCGUGCUCCGACUCAAAUAUUCCUUUGGCAAUAUAAUUGCAGUGUUGAUUUACACGUGAGAAGGCAACCUGCGGCUGAUGCAUCUAUUUAGUUGAAACUCCAGUCAGCUUACUUUAGCUCAUUUGCAAACAGCGCUAAUAUGCAUGUCCUUCGUACAAUGGGUGUUUCUGCUGCUAAAGAGAGAAUUAAAGAAUUGAAAUGACCAGUGUCUGAUCUUCAAAUGUGAAGCCCCCCAUGAAAGUGGCAGCUCUGCAGAUUAGACAACAGCCACUGUUGUUCCAGAAGUCACAUGUUCCAAUUCGCACCUCUGUAGACUUGGAAUUUGGGGGACAAUAUGGUUAGGUUUAGGAAUUCUAGGAUCAGCUCCUGUUAUAAAGCUAAUUUAGUGUUGUGUUUGGUUCUCUUGUCUUCUUACCUUUCUGAUAAAUAAUACAGUCAGGUACUCAUUGAUUUGAAAUUGUAUCAUACUAUCAUGUGAUUCUGCUUGCUGAAAUUUACUUGCUGUUAUCCUGCUGCAUUGAGAAUGUGUCAUGCUACUAGAUUGCUCUUGCUUGUAUGCUUUUACUCCACUACCAGCAUCAUUUUAUCUAAAUUGUUCUUAGUUGUAUACUUUUAAUUCACUACCAGCAUUAGUUUUCCUUAAAUUCCAUCGAUUGAACGAUUGGUUAAUGAUAACAACCCAGGCCGGUAUUGUUUCUCAAUCUGUUCUUACUAAUGUUUAUUUCUUUAUCCAUACACAGGCAGAAAACGCCUAUAAAAUGCUCCGGAUGUUUUCAGUAGCAGAAUCCUCCUUCAAUCUAACACAUCAAAUGGUCUGCUGGCUUCUGAAUUUGUUGACACUGUCGAGCUUUCUACAUUCAUGAUAUCUUUCUUCAUGCCCAUGUUAUUUUAUGUCCUUGUAUAGUAUUGGUUUUAAUCUAAACUUCAGAUCUAGACUUCCGGAUGAUUAAGAUUUGAACCUGAUUAGUUAUGAAGUAUUAUCAGCAUCCCUUUUUCAGUUGUCCACUUUCUUGUUGAUGAUUAGUUACGAUCGGCAUGAGUUUUUGUGCUUAUGCUCCCACAUACCAAGAACAUAUCAGUCGACACAACCAUGUAUGUACAUUGUUACGUCUAAUUUCAUGUGUUAAUGGAUAACAAUUUGCCUUAUGUUAUUGUUUUCCAUGUUAAUAGUUCUUUUGGAUUUAGGUUUAAAAAAUGUGUAAUACUUAACUAGUGUCUAGUUCACAUUCUGAUUAUGAUUGAAGAACAACUUAGAUAGCUGCAACUUCACUACAUAACUGCUGUUUCAACUGCCUAUGUAUUGCCCAUGUUGCGUCACCAGAUUGAUCAUGUGUCUAUGGCACAUUGCUGAGAAGAAUGAAAAUAAGAAGUAUUCGCUUUUCAUUCCCUAUCACCGAUUGUGCUGCAUUACUAUUUCUAGCCUUGUAGUUCAGCUUAUCCAUAAUUGAUUGACCCUACCGCUGUAGAUCAACAUUCCAUCCAGUUCGGUAUGGAAGGUCCAUUUCAUUGCUGUGUGCUCCUGGAUUAUCAUUGCCACUGGCACUAAUGUGCGUCUGUACUAUAAUGAUCAUCUUUUAUUGCCAAUCUAGCGUGUGUCCCUGCUUUCCUGGCGUUCUGCUAUUUUUGUACCAGAUGUUUUGAAUGGAGUAAGGCACAAACAGGUACGCUAAAACUAAACUUAGUUGAGAUUUUCAGUUGCCUGAUCUAUUCUGGUGUAAAUGGCAGUGGUGUGCUUCAGCUGGUUCAUAUUUUAUCUUUUUUUUUUUUCUAUCAUGGACAUACCAAGGUGGAAUUAUGUCCUGCAACAUUUGCAUUCUUUACAAUCAACACAUAUGUUGCAGAUUUCCCAGUUUCUGUUAACCAAGACUAGAGCGCAUGGGAUUAUAGUCUUGCAUCUUGUGACAUACACUUGCAAUAGUUGAGCAGAGCAGAGGGAAUUCGCAAUGGGGUCAACUAUGAUAAAAAAGAAGUCCUAUGAAUUACUGUAUGAUCUUUCUCUAUCAGGAACAGGUAUGCAACAACAUCAUUGUUUCUUGUUAAUUUCUUUAGUUUGUUGUUCCAAUUAGAUCUUUAGAUGUUAAACAUACUACCAUGGUUGCCAAUGGAAUAAGUAUGGAAUCUAGCAAUCCAGCAGUCAAGACCAGUUGUGUAGCGUGUGCUUGAUGCUGUCACUUGUCAGGUUUUUUCGUGUCAGAAUGGAUACAUUCUGCAGUUGUCAAAUAAUGAGACUUUCCAAUGGAGUGCUCUGACAGUCAGGAUAGUGAGUGAAUGCCAUCCUCUGAAAGCCUGUAGGUCACAUGGUUGCUUUGUGCUGAAUAAUGACCAAUGAAACUGGGGGCACUUACUCAAUCAGUGCUGUUGAUCUGGGACCAGAUUCUAAA